AUGGACAAGGAUAGCAAUGGCCGGGAAUUCCACUUUGCAAAACUCAGUGAUCUGAAAGUACCGGUAACCUUUCGCAUCUCGCAACUUGAAGGAACGCGCAAGCCGCUUUCGUUUACUGAGCUGCUUGACAAGCCAGAACUCAAACAUUCUGGGUUACAAUUACCAACGCUCUCAGAUCUUUACGUGACAUGCCAACUGGUGGCAGAUAACAAACCCUUGACGAUUCCCUUUCGAACGUCUUUCAAGGCAUUUAAUACGAGCUACAUAUGGAACGAAUGGAUCACCCUGCCGAUCAACUACUGUGAUUUGCCUCUAGGUGCUCAGAUUACCUUUACUGUUUGGGACAUUGCUGGUCCUCGAACGCCGAUGCCAGUCGGUGGCUCCACCUUUCGUCUCUUUGGCAAGAAGAUGACUCUUCGACGGGGGAAGCACCGGCUGCUGCUCUGGAAAGGCCAAGAGGCGGACGGUUCCAUCAAUAGCCAAACGCCUAGCAAAGUUGGCCUUCGAGAUGAGAUGGGAAGGCUAGAAAAGUUGAUGAAGAAGUUCGAUCGUGGUGACUUGCCUAGGAAUGACUGGCUCGAUCUUCUAGCGUUUCGACGGAUAGAAGAGAUUCAUAAGACAGAGGAAGCCAAAUCCGAGAACCUGUAUUUGUACAUCGACUUGCCAAAGUUUGAUUUUCCGAUUGUGUACAAUGAACUGGAGUCGUACCCCGUGACCAACAGAAUUGUACCUCAACCACAGGCGGCGCCAGCCGCUGUGCAGCCUGUGAUCAAUAUCAACCAGGACCCUCAUCUAUGGGCUAUUUUAGAUCCUGAUAUGGAAUUGGAAAACCCCGUAGAGGACAAGCACCGUCGGCUUGUUCGUAGUCACCGAAACGGCCCAUUGGAUCGGGAACUCAAGCCUAAUCCAGAGCUUCGAAAUCACUUGGACCGUAUACUCAACUACGCACCCACACAAGUGCUCAAUGCAGAAGAAAAGGACAUGAUCUGGAAAUUCCGAUACUAUCUCACGCGUGACAAACGAGGGCUCACCAAGUUUAUCAAAUCGGUCACCUGGCGUGAUGCGAACGAAGUCAAGCAAGCAGUUGAAAUCCUGUUACCUCUUUGGACGGAUAUCGACACGGACGAUGCGCUGGAACUUCUCGGGCCAAAUACCGUUGACUCGCGGGUGAGGAGGUACGCAGUCAAGCAGCUCAACCGAGCAGGCCACGACGAACUAAUGCUGUAUCUGCUUCAACUGGUGCAAGCGCUCAAAUUUGAGAGCAUGACCAGCAGCGACCAACGAUCUUCACGCUCUGCAAACAGCGCUAUCGCACAAGAGGACAGUGGACUCGCCGACUUUUUGAUCGAUCGUGCAGUCAAGAAUCCAGUGUUUGGAAAUCGAUUCUACUGGUACUUGAUGGUGGAAAUCGGUGUCGAAGACAAAGUCACGACCAAAUUUUAUGGAAAGGUUGUCUUUCGGUUCCAGAAUCGGAUAGCCGAAGCCGAUAUCGACAGUGAGGGCGUAGACAGGCGGGAGACGCUUCGCAAGCAGGCCGAGUUUAUUCAGAUACUCUCCAGCAAGGCAAAAGAGCUGCGGACAUCAAAGGACGCACGACCAAAGAAGAUUGACAAGCUACGGGCGUUUGUGGGCGAUGCAAAGAAUGGACUGGCGAACCUAUAUCCGGUACCUUUGCCUUUGGAUGCUUCAAAGGAGAUUGUUGGGAUUAUUCCCGAGCAGUCUUCCGUCUUCAAGUCCAAUCUCUUCCCUCUGCUCUUACAUUUCCAAUGUUCCGACGGUACGACAUAUCCGGUCAUCUUCAAGAAUGGCGACGACAUGCGGCAAGAUCAGCUGGUGAUCCAACUCUUCAGACUGAUGGACCGAUUGCUGAGGAUGGAGAAUCUGGAUCUCAAGUUGAGCCCAUAUGAAGUCCUGGCGACGGGUCCACUGGAGGGUAUGGCGCAGUUUAUACCGAGCAAGACCAUUCAAGCGAUUGUGGACGAGUAUGGCACGCUGGUGGAGUACCUCAAGGCGCACCAUCCAGACGAAGGGAGUGUAGGGACAUUUGGGGUACAGCCAUCGGUGUUGGAUACCUACAUACGAAGCUGCGCUGGAUACUGUGUCGUAACAUACCUUAUGGGCGUGGGUGAUCGACACUUGGACAACCUACUUCUCGCCCCCGACGGUCAUUUCUUCCACGUCGACUUUGGAUAUAUACUCGGACGAGACCCCAAACCGUUUCCUCCACCGGUCAAAUUGUGCAAGGAAAUGGUGCAAGCCAUGGGUGGCGCACAAUCUGCACACUACCAGCGAUUCAAUCGACUGUGCUACACGGCGUUUACCAUCCUACGCAAGCACUCGAACCUGAUUAUCAACUUGGUGUCGCUCAUGGUCGAUGCGAAUAUCCCGGACAUUAAGCACCGGGAUGUGCACGAGCACUUUUUGGACAAGUUUAGGCUGGACUUGACAGAGGAAGAGGCGAUCAAGCACUUUGAGAGUCUGUUGCCGACGAGCUACUUUACGGCCAUGUUGGACAUGGUGCAUCACUGGGCUCAAUAUUGGAGAUCAUAA